CAGGCCCAAUAUCGCUUGGCCAGCUAUCUCAGCCCCUCCACUUCUCGACGCGCCCGGAUAGCGCUUUACUACCCCGCGUCGCACGUACGCUUCCUACAUCAAGAUAUGCCUGCAGCAGGACUACGAAUCGAUACUUCUGUUGCUCUAGCGGGUCCCUCGUCCAGUCGACUCGCCCCGUCUACUCCUGGGUCCGCACAAAGCUCGCGGCUUCGCAGUGGAUCUACUGCAUCGACAUCGUCAUCUAUCUGCAGCCCUGUUGCACGGGCGCAAGCCGGUCCGUCCACGUCCUGCCGGGCAACGCAUGCCGCGUCCCGCAUUUCUUGGUCAUUCGAGCAGUCUCUCUCAUACGAGGACGAUAAUGGCGAAUACGUCCUGGCGAUGCACGACUACGACCCUGAGGGCAACAACAUCAACUGCCUCUCGUUCCAGGCUCGGCAGAUCAUCCGGGUAUUGAAUCGCGAUCCUAGUGGGUGGUGGGAUGGAGAGGUCGAUGGGCGGAGGGGAUGGUUUCCGAGCAACUACGUGACCUGUGAGGUUGGCCUGUUGACAGAGGAAGAGCUGCCAGACAUGACGCGCUCACGGUCAAGACAUAUACAUUCCGCUUCUGUGGCUUCAAACAACUCAUGGACGACUUCCGCCAAUCGAGGCAUCGACCGGCACGAUACUUUCACGAGGACAGACCACCGUCCAUUACACGCAGAUGGCGGGGGUACGACGGACAUAUACUGUCCACCUCUCAUGCGCCCUCUACUUCAUGGCCUCUCCCUCUUGCAGAAAGCUGCGAGGGAGAACAGGAUUGCCCACUUUCAACCAUCGACGGCGUUCAUCAUCUCUUGCGUUCGAGCCAUACUCUCCGACGUCGGCUGCUUUCAGCGCGACGCACCCAUCCUCAAGCGGCAUGGCAUCCUAGCCCAAGAAAGGAAGCGCAUAUUGUCUGACCUCGCGUCGCUUGUAACCCAAGCUAGGAAAGCGUCCGAAGAGGAGACGGACGACGACCUUCGCGAGCUCGAGGUGGAGGCCAUGGUCAGACUAGGUGGUAACCUAUUCGCGCACGUCCGAGGGCUCCUGGCUCUCCUCACCCAAUGCGGCAUCGUGUUGCCCGCCCACGGAGGCCUUCCACCAGAGUCUACUCUUGGUACACACACAAGUCGACAGAUGCAGAGCUCAGAAGACACAGCAGUGUCCGACGAUGGUGGAGCUGGGCAGAAGUGGGAGUACGAGAAGUCAAUCAACGGCAUCCAGCGCAGGCCCUCCUCCAAGCAAAUAAUGGGGAUCGCGUCGACGCCGGUGCGGGCGAAGAGUAUGGGCGACCUCAAGACCCAGAGAGCCCGACCAAGCGAUCUCGACGCUGCGCAAAUGCCCACGAAUAGCCAUCGCAAGGGUAUCGGCGGGUCGCUUCGCCAAUCGUCGACUCCUCGUCCGAAUCGGUACGCCAACGGUGUGAUGGUUCGGCAUGAGGCAGGCAACUCCGUCAGCAGCCAUUCCUCCUCGUCUUCGUUCUCGUCCAUUGAAUCCAUGACGACGCCCGCCACGCCUGUCUUCCCUUCAGGGCCGUCGACCACUCCAGAGGUCAUGGAAGCAUUGCGGUAUACGCAUGACCAGUACUUGUCCACCAUCGCGGCAUUCAUCGGUCACGCACACUCGCAUUCCCGUUCAACACAUGCAUCCAGCACUGGACACCUGUACGAACUCAUCCGUGAAGUGGUGGACAUGGUCUGCAAGCUCUUGACCAUUGUCGAUGCCGUACUGAAGCAUCCUGACCUCCCGGUACCUAAGUCAUCUGGCUUGCAGGCGGCGAAGGAAGCCCUGUACACCAUCACGGGGAAACUCGUCGACUCGGUGCGUCUUCUGACGCUACCAGCACCAGAGGGUAUGUCAGAGGAGGAAGAGAAGAGUCUAAUACUGCGGUGCGCGACAGACGCUCUGAAGGUCGGGGCAGAUUGUGUCGGUGCAGUCAAGAAGUGCUUGCGACGAGCAAACGGAGAGCGGCCCUUCAUCAUCCACCUUCCGACCAUCAGCGAGUCCGACCUUACCUCCCCUCGCAAGUUCUCGCAAUACGUGGCUACCCAUGUCAGCCGCCCCAGCAAAUCCGGUGGAUUCCAGGCUUUGCACAAGCUAUAUGCCUCGAGCGAUGCGGACGGAGACGAUCAAGACCUCACUAUACAGGCGAGGACACCGUCCUCGCCUGAAGUCACCAUUCGGUUCGCGAGGCAGUCGGUUGCUUCACCGACAGGGGACACGCUACCAAACCCCUGGCAGCCGCCGGAGCCAUCGUCUCCUCCCCUGACGUCUCCACCCUCGAACAAGCCGCUCCCGCCAUUGUACAUCCCUCGACACGACGUUGCACCGGACUUCCCGUCCCCAGUGUCAUUGACACACACGGAAGACGACAGGACAACAUGGGAGGGAAGUCACAGGAGACCGUACUCACCUGCUUCUUUCGACGAGAAGGUACUGCGUGGCGACCUGCCCGCUGGACCCGAGCCGGUGAGGCGAACGCCAGUCGCUUGGGCACUGACGCAUGACCACGCCGCGGACGACGUUGCGUACAACAGCGACGGCCAGCUCGUAGGCGCGACGUUGGCUGCUUUGAUUGAGCGGAUGACGCCGCACGACUCCGUACCAGAGCAAGCUUUCUCUUCGGUGUUCUUCUUGACCUUCCGCCUGUUCACCACCCCCAUGGAACUUGUGGGCGCCAUCGUUGACCGCUACAACAUCAAGCCCCCUGUUAGCUUUUCCCCGGACGAGGUGCACACGUGGAAGCAGCGAAAAGGGUUCCCUAUCAGGUUACGCGUGUCGAACUUUGUGAAGAUGUGGCUGGAGACUCACUGGCGUCCUGUUGUCGACAACGUCGCACUGGCGACCUUGUUUGACUUCACGCGUGAUUGCCUCACGGAGGUCUCCAUCCCGUCCUCCCAGCGGAUCCUAGAGCUCAUUGCCCAGUGGCAGUCAACGGAUGAAGCGAUGUCAGCCGUCAAGGCGGACCGGGCGCGUGAAGCCCUUAUUUCCCUCAACCCACCCACCAUGCCGUUAUCGGAGGUUCCUCGGCCCAUCAUGACGAAGAACCUCUUGAAUGCAUUGAGACAAAAGAGCUUCGCGUCGAUUUCGAUCACAGAUUUCGACCCGUUGGAGUUGGCUAGGCAAAUGACGACGAUGGAGAGCCAUCUGUAUUGCGCUAUCAAGCCUGAGGAGGUGCUGGAGUCUGGCAAGGAAGGCGCGACACCCCCUAUCAAUGUGAAGGCCGUGACCUCUCUCAGCACGGCGAUCACCGGGUUCGUGGCCGAAAGCAUCCUGAACGAACUCGAUACGAAGAAGAGGACAUCAUUGGUCAAAUUCUUCAUCAAGGUCGCAGACCGGUGCAACUCGCUCAGCAACUUCAGCACUCUGCGUGCCAUCCUGGCCGCGUUGGACUCAUCAACCAUCUCGCGUCUACAUCAAACGUGGAUGGGCCUGUCGCAGAAGUACAAGAUGCAACUCGAGGCCUUGCGGAAGCUGUCCGACCAUGCGCGGAACUACAACGAGUACCGAUCCCGCCUACGCAACACAGCCCCUCCGGCGAUUCCAUUCCUCGGUUUGUACCUCACGGAUGUCACAUUUUGUCGCGAGGGCAACCCUUCGUUCCGCCCGUCACCCAAGUCGCCAGACAAGAAGCUGUUGAACUUCAACAAGUAUCACAAGCUUGCGCGCAUUGUACAAGACAUGCAACGCUUCCAACUACCGUAUAACCUGAAACAGAUACCGGAGGUGCAGGAGUACCUCAGAGACGCUUUCGAGAAGUCGGCCCGGCAAGGCGAUUUGCAGGACCUUUACAGGCGCAGUCUGCUGGUUGAGCCCAAGCAUUCCACCGACACUCCGCCCACGAGCGACGUCCGACAGUUGUUCAACUGGACUCGUUCGCAGUCACAUCAAUCUACACCGACGUCUGCCACCGCAUGAUGACCAUUCCUUCUAACCGGCUUUCCUCCAUUGCUUUCGCGACGUCUCAGAUCUCGUUUUGUAUGCAUCUUCGACAUGAACCUUGUCUCCCAUCUGUCCUUCAUAUUCCCUCUGUUCACAGACGCGCGACUCCCUAUGAUACCU